AUGCCUGCUUUCUUCGAGAAUGCGAAGAACGUUAGCAUUCGUGGCGGCACAUUCAAUGUCGUCAGCGGUGGGAUGCAAGUCUUUGACAACAGCCGACACACGACGAACAUCGACUCGUUCAAUACUCGGUCGAGCGUCGUCCAGGGGUCGCAUAACGAUAACUCCCAACGAUAUCAUGGAACGGGCCCACAUCUCCUGCCCCCAAGUAUGGGACGCGAUCGACCACGAUCGGCGGGUUCGGAUUCUGGCAGUCAACCAAUCCACCCUCUGCCUCCGCCGUCUGCCCAUCCAGCCCUCAUGAACCCCGAGAACAUGCCACCAGGAAGCCGUACCUAUACUCAAGACUCAUUCAACACGACGAACCAACACGCCGACAACGUGCAUAAUAAUAAUUCGCAGGAAUACGGUACGCCUCCACCGAGCGAGAGGAAGAAGCGAAAGAAGAAAAAGAAGGAAGCGUAUUUAUCUGAAGACGAAGACAAUGAUACUCAAAUGGCCGACGAAAAUGAGUCAGAAGACGACCAACGACUAGCACCGCCAACCACACCUCCAUCCAACACAGGCUGGGACGGCUAUCCACCGCCGCCCGGCGACAAAGGCAACCCUUACGCCCGCGGCGCCCUUGGGCGGGGGUACCACCCUCCCAUGCCUUACUCGUACGGACACCAUCCCUAUCCCUACCCUCCGCCCCCGCCACAGCCGAUGUACGGAUAUCAAGGGUAUGGUUACCCACCGCCCAUGCCUUCGUACAAUUCGUAUCCAGGCGGUGGGUACGGGGGUUAUCAACAGCAGGUGUCGGGGCCGGGUGGUGUCUACCAGAUGGACGAUCAAGCGAAGAGGAUGUUCGCGGAUACGAUGAAUAAGGCGAAGGCGACGCUGGAUCAGGAUAUGGCGGAGAUUGGUGUGGAGACUGGGACGAGGAGGAAGAAGGGGUCUGCGUCAACGCAGAUACAGCCGGCUGAGAGCGACUCGGACGACGACUCGGACGACAGCGAACCAGAGGAGCAGCAGACAAGAUUCGUGAAGAAGAAACGCGUACCGAAGGCUCCUCGUGCUGGACUCUUGGCAGGUAUGGAGCGGAUGAGCAUCGAUUCGGACGAGGAAGGGGUCGAGGGACGACCUGAGUUCUCGCGUGUCAAGUCAGACCCUCCAGCGCCAAAUCCUGGUGCUGGUGCUGGUGCUGGUGCUGACACCGGCGCUGCGUCGAUACCUGGGGAUGAACCGACGACAAAGACGAAGAAGAAAACCAAGACGCCGAAACCUCAAAGCCCGAACUCGGACCCGGAAAUUCCACCUCACCAAAGCGCGUUCGCUGGCUUCGGUGGGCCUCCAAUGCCUUUUGGCGUUCCACCUUCCGGCGCCGGUAUGCAGCCCGCAUGGGCUUCGGCUCCACCUCCUCAGUCAUCACCGUUCGGUCCUCACCUUGCGGCGGCGAGUGGGAUUCCGUACAACAUCCACCCGUAUGGGUACACCCAGGUCGAUAACAGCAUCCAUACGAGUAGCUUUGGCUCGCAUAACUACUCAAGCAACGUCACGAAGGAUUCUCACAACGAUAAUUCGCUGAAGGUUACGGGGUCGGGGCAGGAAACGACGGAGACGACUAAUGCGGGAUAUCGAAGGGAGAAGCCGCCGAAGAAACAGGGCCCAUACCAACGUUCGUAG